AUGGGAUACGAACCCGCUACUUACCAUGCUGAAAAGUUUAUUCAAACUCACCUCCCAAAGGACGGACUGAGCAAUUUCGACGCAAUCGUCGCAGAGUUAGAGGCACAAAAGGUCCUAGCAGUUUGCUCCGGGCCCGUUGCUCAGCCCGCUGCAGCUGCGGAUCGAAGCAGUCAUACACUCAAGUCUUUCAAAGGCCUCUUUCGAUCUGGGUACGCCAAGCCGACUCGCGUCCUGAAGGCACUGCAGGCGACAUGGAACGCGGUUCGCAAGGCAAUGACUAAGGUCACUCAAGAAGCCAACACAAAGAGCUACGCCAUCCGCAAAGUCGACGGGGAAGAUGCCCUUAUUGAGACCUGCCUGACCGCCAACAUGGAUGCUCCUCUGAGGUCCACCGAUGUCGUGAUUCCGUUCCGUAUGGCCACUGGUAUCAGCAGCGAUAAUCAGAACCUUCCGGACCCCCUCCCAGAAUUCUUCCGUGUGAUAAACGAGGACGCUCGCCGGAGGCAUCUCUACGCAAUCACCAUUGAAGGUGCUGAUUUGUCGCUGUGGUAUCUAUCUCGAUCAGAAUGCGUUAAGUCUACUCCGUUCAACAUGGUAGAGCGCACCGACCUCCUCAUCCAGGCGUUCAUCUCACUGAUGUCAGCCACGGAUGAGAAACUCGGUUAUGAUCCCUUGGUCACCCUGCUCCCGGACCUUACCUACGUCUAUGAACUGCCUCCGGAUGAGGGCAGGAACGACUCUCUCUACUACCAGACUGUCGAGCUCGUUUCCGAGUUCCACUCCGACGAUCCUGUCGGGCGCAGCGCGCGGGUUUGGAAGGUGAAACAGGUGGUCUCGCCCACUGAUCUGAAUCGCGUUCCCGAGACUUGCGACAGAAUCCUCAAAGACGUUUCCCUCGAUGCACGCAUGAAACCCGAGGUGGAUAUUCAGCGACAGCUCUUCGCUGAUAUCGCUGCUUUCGGGAAACGUCCUGACUGGCGUUCCGCGGACGUUCUGAAGGAUAUGCGGCAAGAAGAUAUAGGUACGCUUAUGGAUGCUUUGGACGGGGAAAACUUCAAGAAAUAUUUCUCCUGCAUCAUCGCAAGUCACGUCGGCAAGCCUUACUCCUGUCCGGCUCGAUCCCAAUCCCAAAGUCUGCCUUUUGGUGAUGGCCCGAGCCCAACCUACGUACCAAAGCGUCAGUGCUUCUACCUCUACGAAUUCAUUUGCACGCCCCUCUACGAUAUCCCUACACUUGGAGAAGCAAUCGAUGUCCUCAGACAGUGUCUCACAGCAAUGCGACUCAUGUACUGCGCUGGGUGGAUCCACCGUGACAUCAGUGUGGGGAAUAUCCUCGCCAUUCGGUCUGGCCCAGAAGCGCCUUGGGAAAUGAAGCUAUCCGACCUUGAAUUCGCCAGAAAAUUCCUGGACCCAGAGAUUCAGAAAGACGAGAAGCCAAUCGGAACUCCUUUUUUCAUGGCCUGCGAACUCCAGGCUGGAACGCCCAUUCUCCCCGACGAGAUACCUGCUUCCGAUUACGAACUUGACAGCAGCCCUGAGUCCGAAGACUGGGAACCAUCUGGCCCAAUACUCCACAACUUCCAACAUGAAAUCGAAUCGAUGUGGUGGAUCAUCCUCUGGCUCCUCACCGCCAGAGUGCGUGGUAGUGCCUGGCACGAAUUCAGCAAACACUUCUUUCGACACUCGAAUAGCACCUGGUACGGCAGGGCGCGGCGCAUGCUCUUGACCAGCCGAGAUCCCCUCGAUUCGGAAGAGACCUUUCCAAAGGACCUUCCAAGAGGUCUGCACGCAAAGCCCCUAAGCUUCAUCCGGUGCCUCCACGCCUUCAAACUUGACCUAUGGCGCUCGUACACGCUGCGAUUUUCAGCGAAAGGCCAGAAGGACCCAGGCAGCUAUUCGUGGAUUGUGGGCAAGGGUGCUUCGAAGUUCUUCAUUGGAAUCGAGAGAUCUCGUGAGGCGUGGGCUGCAAUCCGGCUGAUCGUCCAGACAGAAGCCAGGCAGGUGCGGGCACCAAUGUCCAAGAAGCGAAAGGCAGAGGUAAUGGUUGCUGUUCCAAAUGUUGUCAGUCCGCCGCCUGUUGUGGAGCAACGUAAAGAGAAACAGCCUCACCGGCCGCGAAAGCGCCUGCGACUCACAGCGCCUGACUCCGCCACCCAGCAUCACCAGCGCUCGGGACCUGUCACAAGGUCGAUGACGAGGGAACAACGCAACGCUGGCCCGACGACGCGAUCUAUGACACGCCGGCUCCAGCAAUCUGCUCCUGGCUCCUCCCGACUGACUAGAUCCUCGGAUAGGCGAGCUCGUACGUAG